AGAGGGUACAUUUCUGCUUCCCGCAGAGUGGAGAUUUUCCGCGGAAUCACAGGGGUUUUACCAAAAACCCUAAACCCCAACAAUGGCGCAGUCCACUCGCUCCUCUGCUUCAAGGCUGCUCUACACAAUCUGCUCCUCCUCAAAAACAGCUCUGUUGAAGCCUCAAUGCCCGGCCCCAACUCCUAUUGCGGCUCUUCUUGCCGGGAACUUCCAGCUCCGCCACUUCUCUGCUGGCAGUGCUGCCGCCACUCGACUGAAGGAGGAGAAGGAGGCUGUGUGGAGAGAGUCACUGGAGAGGGUUCGGAACAUUGGAAUUUCGGCGCAUAUUGACUCCGGGAAGACCACGCUGACGGAGCGGAUACUGUAUUACACGGGUCGGAUCCACGAGAUUCAUGAGGUCAGAGGCAAAGAUGGAGUUGGAGCUAAGAUGGAUUCCAUGGAUUUGGAGAGGGAAAAAGGGAUUACGAUUCAGUCUGCGGCCACUUACUGUUCGUGGAAAGACUACCAGGUGAACAUAAUUGACACUCCAGGUCACGUUGAUUUCACCAUUGAAGUUGAGAGGGCUUUGCGUGUUCUUGAUGGUGCGGUUCUUGUACUCUGUAGUGUUGGCGGUGUGCAGAGUCAGUCAAUCACGGUUGAUCGGCAAAUGAGAAGAUAUGAAGUUCCAAGACUUGCUUUUAUCAAUAAACUUGAUCGAAUGGGGGCAGACCCAUGGAAAGUUCUAAAUCAGGCAAGGUCCAAGCUUCGGCACCAUGCUGCUGCAGUGCAAGUUCCAAUUGGGCUAGAAGAUGACUUCAAGGGUCUUAUUGACCUUGUGCAUAUGAAAGCUUACCACUUCCACGGUUCCAGUGGUGAGAAAGUUGUCACAGAAGAUAUUCCUGCAGAUAUGGAAGCAUUUGUUGCUGACAAGAGGCGUGAGCUUAUUGAAGCAGUGUCUGAGGUUGAUGAAAAACUUGCUGAAUCAUUUUUGAGUGAUGAACCUAUAUCAAAUGAUGAUCUAGAGGAGGCAAUACGAAGAGCAACGGUAGCACGUGAAUUCGUUCCCGUAUUUAUGGGUAGUGCAUUCAAGAACAAGGGUGUUCAACCUCUUCUUGAUGGUGUUCUUAAUUAUCUCCCUUGUCCAAUUGAAGUCGGUAACUAUGCUCUUGAUCAAAACAAUAGUGAAGAGAAGGUUAUGUUAACAGGAAGUCCAACAGGCCCUUUGGUUGCCUUGGCUUUCAAAUUGGAAGAAGGCCGGUUUGGUCAGUUAACAUAUUUAAGAAUUUACGAAGGUGUCAUUAGAAAGGGUGAUUUCAUGAUCAAUGUGAAUACAGGCAAGAAGAUCAAGGUUCCUCGCUUGGUACGGAUGCAUUCAAAUGAGAUGGAGGACAUUCAAGAGGCACAUGCCGGACAAAUAGUUGCUGUAUUUGGUGUAGAUUGUGCUACAGGGGAUACUUUUACAGACGGAUCAGUUAGGUACACUAUGACUUCUAUGAAUGUACCUGAACCAGUGAUGUCAUUAGCAGUUUCACCUGUUUCUAAAGAUUCUGGGGGACAAUUCUCAAAAGCUUUGAAUCGCUUCCAGAAAGAGGACCCAACAUUCCGAGUAGGUUUAGAUCCUGAGAGUGGCCAGACAAUUAUCUCUGGAAUGGGUGAGCUGCAUUUGGAUAUAUAUGUUGAGCGAAUCCGAAGAGAAUACAAGGUUGAAGCAACAGUCGGAAAGCCUCGAGUGAACUUCAGAGAGACUAUCACUCAACGUGCUGACUUCGAUUAUUUACACAAGAAACAAAGUGGUGGACAGGGUCAAUAUGGUAGGGUAACUGGGUAUGUGGAGCCACUUGAACCUGGGUCCUCAACAAAAUUUGAAUUUGAUAACAUCAUUGUAGGACAGGCUAUACCAUCAAACUUUAUCCCAGCAAUUGAGAAGGGCUUUAAGGAGGCUGCUAACUCGGGUUCACUGAUUGGUCACCCAGUUGAGAAUAUUCGUGUUGUUUUGACGGAUGGUGCUUCACAUGCUGUUGAUUCAAGUGAACUUGCAUUCAAACUAGCAGCAAUCUAUGCCUUUAGACAGUGUUACACAGCAGCACGGCCUAUCAUAUUGGAACCUGUGAUGCUUGUUGAAAUAAAAGUACCAACAGAAUUUCAGGGCACUGUUACUGGGGAUAUUAACAAGAGGAAAGGUGUCAUUGUUGGGAAUGACCAGGAAGGAGACGACUCUGUCAUCACUGCUCAUGUUCCUCUCAAUAAUAUGUUCGGGUACUCAACUUCUCUUCGGUCAAUGACACAGGGAAAAGGUGAAUUCACAAUGGAGUACAAAGAACAUUCGUCAGUUUCCCACGACGUACAAACACAACUGGUUAACGCGUACAAGGCCACCAAAGGAACCGAAUAGAUAGCGUGGUUUUCAAGUGCCUACCUUUCAUUCUUUGCCAGAACCAUAUGUUGCUCUAGGUGGAUUUAUGACAAUUUAGAGUUUGGGACCGAAAUAUGGUCUAUGAAUUUUGAUAACAUCUCCAAAAUAUAUCUUCUUUUUAUUUAUAUAUUAUAAUGAUCAUGAAUCAAACUUUUAAAGAUUCAUGUAUACAGCAGAUGUAUGCAGCUACUUCACUAUAAACAGUGUGAUUCAUAUAACAAAAUAAUUCAAAAUAAAAACUACUUUGCUCA